CGGCGAGGGGAGGGAAAGCCCCCCGCGGCCCUUCCCUGGCGGGAGGGUCCCGGCUGCUCGGGGGGCGGUGCCACGGACGCGGGGCGGCGGCUGGAUCCUGCUGUGGGACGCCGGAGCCGAAGUUGCGGCGGGGCGGCCGCCGCCCCUGUCGUCUCUCCCGAUGUUCGUGUGACUCGGCGGUGGCGGUGAAGAGGACGAGAAAGGGGGGAGACCUCCCACCUCAGCCCCGCUGGUCCCUGCGCUCCGGCUGGUUGUUGUGCGUGAGAGAGACACACACACACACACCGCUCCCCCGUCCCUCCCCUUCCCUCGCUCUACAGCCCCGGAGAGGCCGGAGCGGGCGCGCUGCUGCCGCCGCGUCUCGGGGCACCCUCGGCCUGGCCCGGCCCGGGCGCGUCUGCUGCCGGAGAAGAAGGAGAAGGAGUGCCCCGGCGGGCAGACGGCCCAGCCAUGAGCGGCGGGGAGGUGGUCUGCUCGGGCUGGCUCCGAAAGUCCCCACCGGAGAAGAAGUUGAAACGCUACGCAUGGAAAAGGAGAUGGUUUGUGCUUCGCAGCGGACGCCUAACAGGGGACCCAGACGUACUGGAAUACUACAAAAAUGACCACGCCAAGAAACCAAUCCGAAUUAUUGACUUAAAUUUGUGUCAACAAGUGGAUGCUGGAUUAACAUUCAACAAGAAAGAGUUUGAAAACAGUUAUAUUUUUGAUAUCAACACUAUAGACAGAGUUUUCUAUCUGGUAGCAGACAGCGAGGAGGAGAUGAAUAAGUGGGUUCGAUGUAUCUGUGAUAUCUGUGGGUUCAACCCUACAGAUGAGGAUGCUGUGAAACCACCAGUCAGUUCUUUACAACCAUCUGCUGAGUUACCUUUGCCCAUCAACACUUCACCGCCUUCCAUACAAGCAGAAUCUUCCCUGCCUCCUCCUUACCAGCUUAUCAACAUCCCCCCACUGGAGUCUUCCUCUGGUCAAGAAGAUCCUCAAGACUACCUACUGCUAAUAAACUGUCAAAGUAAAAAACCUGAACCUAUGAGAUCUCAUGCUGACUCUGCAAAAUCCAGCUCUUCCGAAACAGACUGCAAUGAUAACGUGCCCUCCCACAAAAUCCCCGCUCCAUCAGCGAGCAAGCAUGCUGUGAAUGGCUUUUUUCAGCAGCAAGGUGUCUACGACUCGCCGCCCUCCCGUGCUGGACUGACCCUGGCAGACUGCAGCCUUUAUAACCUGCCUAGGAGUUACUCACAGGAUGUUUUACCGAAGGCAGCGUCUCCCUCUGGGACUGAUGCGGAGGGAGAGCAACACGUUUUCAGUACCCCGUCAACGACGUCUUCGCUGGACGCACAGAUGAGACACGUCUCCAUUAGCUAUGACAUUCCGCCCACACCUGGAGGUACUUACCAGAUUCCACGAACUUAUCCAGAGGGAACGUUGUCUCAGACUUCCAAACUGGAGACUAUUCCAGAUAUUCCUCCGCCUCGGCCACCGAAACCUCACCACGCCGCAGAUCGCUCUCCUGUGGAAACAUGUAGCAUUAGUCGCACUGCUUCAGACACUGAUAGUAGCUAUUGCAUCCCGACGGCGGGAGUGCCGCCCUCACGCAGCAAUACCAUUUCAACUGUAGACCUGAAUGUCUUCCGUAAAGAAAUUAGUUCUCAAGACUGUUAUGAUAUUCCACGAACCUUUCCGAAUGACAGAUCUAAUUCACUGGAGGGCUUCCAUAACCACUUUAAAAACAGAAGCAUGUUGACAGUGGGAAGUGUUUCAAGUGAAGAACUAGAUGAAAAUUAUGUCCCAAUGAAUCCCAACUCUCCUCCACGACAGCAUUCCAGCAGCUUCACUGAACCCAUCCAGGAAACAAACUAUGUACCAAUGACACCAGGCACGUUUGAUUUUCCCUUAUUUGGAAAGCAAGUCCCUCCUCCUGCUCACAUGGGGUUCAGGUCCAGUCCAAAGACCCCUCCCAGACGGUCAGUACCUGUUGCAGAAUGUGAGCCACCGCCAGUGGAUCGGAACCUCAAACCAGACAGAAAAGGUCAAAGUCCUAAAAUUUUAAGACCUAAAGCACAUGGUUUAGAGCGAACUGAUUCACAAACCAUAGGUGACUUUACUACAAGAAGAAAGGCAAAACCAGCUCCACUAGAAAUAAAACCUCUGCCUGAAUGGGAAGAAUUACAAGCCCCAGUUAGAUCUCCUAUCACCAGAAGCUUUGCACGAGACCCCUCCAGGUUUCCUAUGUCUCCCAGACCGGACUCAGUUCAUAGCACAACUUCCAGCAGUGACUCGCACGACAGUGAAGAGAAUUAUGUAUCCAUGAAUCCAAAUCAGUCCACUGAAGACCCAAAUUUGUUUGGAAGCAACAAUCUUGAUGGAGGAAGCAGCCCUAUGGUAAAACCUAAAGGAGAUAAACAAGUAGAAUAUUUAGAUCUGGACCUAGAUUCGGGGAAAUCUACCCCACCUCGUAAGAAAAAGAGCAGUGGUUCGGGCAGCAGUGUGGCAGAUGAGAGAGUUGAUUACGUUGUGGUCGACCAACAGAAAACGCUAGCACUGAAGAACACACGAGAGGCAUGGACUGAUGGGAGACAGUCUACAGAAUCUGAAACACCUACAAAAAGCAUGAAAUGAAAAUCCUGCUUUUUUGUCCAAGAACAGCAAGGAGUGAAUUUUGAAGCAUUACAGAACCACGAUGGCAGUGGUGUUUGAUUGUAUGGUACCUGAUUCACUGGUGCGUGAAUAGGUUCUUGACUGAAUAAGGAUGGGAGCUGAAGGACACUCUGUAUACAUCAAAGGAAUUUUAAGAUCAUAAAUUGGCUCUGUGGUCUCUGGAAAAAAUUGCAGUCUGUAAAUAACUUGUAAAUUAGCCUUGCUUAGCUUUCAGAAAACCUUUUGUUCUGUAGUUAACACAUCUGUAGUAUUCCUAUGUUUAUGCACUUUUCAGUUACAAUGUUGGUUCAGGUAUUCCCAGUUAGUGUACCUUAAAGUCUAAUUCAUCUGGAGAAGUUUUUAUUGUUUUGGUUUUAUUAUUAUUUUUCCUUACACUACUAUUCCUUACAAUUUUAGGUUAAUCAAGCUACAUGUAGAUACAGAAAUGAAUAUUUGAACUUCAUUUUAACAACUUUUCAAAUUGAUUUUGCAGACAUACUUUCACAAUUGAAUAAUCUACUUGAAAUGCCAAGAGAUGACAGUUACAUACUUGUUUAUAUUUAAUACACACAAGAUUAUUUGGAAGUCUACAGGUUACCUUCCUAACAAAAAUUGCUGUGAGUUAAUAAUAAUGAACUGUACUGGGUUUAGGCCUACAAUCCUGGUUAGUUGUUAAUGGUGGAACUUCUAUUGUAUUUUAUUAAUGACAGUGUUCUGCGUUGAAUGGGUGAAGAUUCUGCAGGGUGGGAUCUUACACUUUUAAAGACUGAAUAAUUAAAUACCAAGUAAGCCUGCAAACCACAGAUGGCAUGCAGUAAUAUUGUGAUCUCACACUUAUUAACAAGAAAUAACCUUUAUAUUAUUUACAGAAGGUAGAGUAUAUAAGUCAGGUACGUACCAAGCACUGUUGUGCUAAUACACUGAUCAGGUUUAGACAAUGAGCUUUAGUUUUGUACUAUUUAGAAGUUCUAAUGUCAAUUUUCAGUUCAAGACUAAUGGGACAGUUUGACAUUCACUGUUUGUAGUACUAGCAAAAUACUGUGAUUUUGAAUUAGACAUUAAUUCAAAGGGAAAUACUAUGUUUUGACACCAUAGUGCCCUUCUUAUGAUCUCUAUUUUACUUUAAUCUCCUGCUUGGCCUUAUAUUUAAAUCCCUAUGCAACUGAUGUUUUAUAUCUCUGUUUUUUAAAAUUAGGUAAUAUACUUAAAUGAUCCCCUUGUAAACCACGUGCUGCCCUUUUCCUGGUACAGGAUUUUAAGCUCUGUAUACUGUGACCCUUUAUUCUACUAUGCCAGUUCCAAAUAAUAAUCUGCCUUGGGUUAGAAACAUUUGUUGUUAUUUGGAAGAAGAUAGAGUCCUUUAAAUACGUGAAUGAGUUAGGUCUAGAUAGAAAACUUACUAACACUUUUGUUUUACACAAACACCCUCAAGUAAGUGGUUGGUUUUAUUUUCCCUCCCAAUUGUUUUCUUCUGUCCAGAUCAUUUAAAAGUUGAACGUAGAGCUGUGUUGUUUUCUGGCAUGUUGGCCUUAGUACUGUGCCUAAUCUACCGUUGGUUGUUUCUCUCCCCUCACUGCCACAAUCUACAGUAUGUAAAUUAUCUUAUUCUUAACAAAGGUUCUUUUUAAAUUAGUAAUAUUUUGAUGCUUUGAAUGUCCAUUAAAAAAAAAAAAAAAAAGGAAAAAAAAAGGAAAAAAAGAAAGAAACUAAACACAAUGCAUUUUCAGGUGAAUUUUAAAUAAAUCAAGUUGUUCAGUUUUGAUGUGUAAACUCUGUCCUGUGAAACAGCAAACCCCUGUUGAUGCGUCUCUGAAGGUGCCUAGAUACCAAGCACGCUAUUG